AUGAGAAACCUCUCUUUCUCCCUUUCAAUAUCUAUCUAUCUUUCUUUCUCCCAUUCAAUAUCUAUCUAUCUAUCUUUCUUUCUCCCUUUCAAUAUCUAUCUAUCUUUCUUUCUCCCUUUCAAUAUCUAUCUAUCUAUCUAUCUAUCAAUCUAUCUAUCUUUCUAUGAGUCUAUAAAAUACCUACCAAUCUAUCUAUCUUUCUGUAUCAGAGAUUAUACAAUAUUUAUCUCAUUCUUAACAAUUCUAUCUCAUUCUAUCCACAUCUAUCUAUCUAUCUAUCUAUCUAUCUAUCUAUCUAUCUAUCUAUCUAUCUAUCUAUCUCUUUCAGUCUCUUAUUAUCUAUCUCAGAUUAUAUACAAUAUCUAUCUAUCUAUCUCUUUCAGUCUCUUAGUAUAUACAGUAUCUAUCUAUCUAUCUAUCUAUCAUUAUCUAUCUCAGAUUAUAUACUCUAUCUAUCUAUUUCAUUCUUAUCAAUCUAUCUAUUUCAUUCUAUCUAUCUAUCUAUCUAUCUCAGUCUAUUCAAAUCUAUCUGAGAUUAUAUACAAUAUCUAUCUAUCUAUCUAUCUAUCUUUCAGUCUCUUAUCUAUAUACAAUAUCUCUAUCUAUCUAUCUAUCUAUCUCUUAGUAUAUACAAUAUCUAUCCAUCUAUCUAUCUAUCUAUCUAGUUAUCUAUCUCAGAUUAUAUACAAUAUCUAUCUAUCUAUUUCAUUCUUACCAAUUCUAUCUAUUUCAUUCUAUCUAUCUAUCUAUCUAUCUAUCUCAGUCUAUUCAAAUCUAUCUGAGAUUAUAUACAAUAUCUAUCUAUCUAUCUAUCUAUCUCUUUCAGUCUUCUAUCAAUUUCAUCUAUCUAUCUAUCUAUCUAUAUCUAUCCAUCUAUCUAUCUAUCUAUCUAUCUAUCUCAGAUUAUAUACAAUAUCUAUCUAUCUAUUUCUUUUCACCAAUUCUAUCUAUUUCAUUCUAUCCAUCAUAUCUAUCUAUCUAUCUCAUAUAUACAAUAUCUAUCUAUCUAUCUAUCUAUCUAGUUAUCUAUCUCAGAUUAUAUACAAUAUCUAUCUAUCUCUUUCAUUAUCUAUCUCAGAUUAUAUACAAUAUCUAUCUAUCUAUCUAUUUAAUUCUUACAAUUCUAUCUAUUUCAUUCUAUCUAUCUAUUAUCUAUCUCAUAUAUACAAUAUCUAUCUAUCUAUCUAUCUAUCUAUCUAUCUAUCUAUCUAUCUAUCUAGUUAUCUAUCUCAGAUUAUAUACAAUAUCUAUCUAUCUAUCUCUUUCAGUCUCUUAGUAUAUACAGUAUCUAUCUAUCUAUCUAUCUAUCUAUCUAGUUAUCUAUCUCAGAUUAUAUACAAUAUCUAUCUAUCUAUCUAUUUCAUUCUUACCAAUUCUAUCUAUUUCAUUCUAUCUAUCUAUCUAUCUAUCUCAGUCUAUUCAAAUCUAUCUGAGAUUAUAUACAAUAUCUAUCUAUCUAUCUAUCUAUCUAUCUAUCUAUCUAUCUAUCUCAGGGUUCAAUCUAUAAGUAUGUAUGUAUGUAUGUAUGCAUGUAUUUAUCUAUGUCUGUCGUAUCUAUCUAUUUCACUCCGUUCGUAUCUAUCUAUCUAUCUAUCUAUCUGUCUGUCUGUUUCAGUCACUUGUUCAAAUCUAUCUAUCUAUCUAUCUAUCUAUCUAUCUAUCUAUUUAUCUGUCUGUCUGUCUGUUUGUUUUGUCAGUCUAUAUGUAUGUUUGUAUGUAUGUAUCUAUUUUCUAUGUUCUGUGACAUCUAUCUAUCUAUUUAUCUAUCUCAGUCUGUAG